AUGAGUACAUUAAUGAAAGCAGCCUUAUCUCGUAGCCCUGCGUCAUUGGCUACAUAUUUGUACCGCAAUCUUCAUUUAUCCGUUGGAGGCGCGUCCCCCUUAAAAGAAGCCUCGACGAAUUCAAAUGUGGCACAGUCGUACACAGUCAUAGACCACCAACAUGACGCACUGGUUAUCGGGGCGGGAGGCGCUGGUCUCCGCGCUGCAUUCGGUUUGGUGCAAGAAGGAUUUAAGACAGCUGUUGUUACUAAGUUGUUUCCAACAAGAUCACACACAGUAGCAGCACAGGGCGGCAUAAAUGCUGCACUAGGUAACAUGGAAGAUGAUAGUUGGCUAUGGCACAUGUAUGACACAGUUAAGGGUUCUGAUUGGCUUGGAGACCAGGAUGCUAUUCAUUACAUGACAAGAGAAGCACCACAUGCAGUCAUUGAGCUGGACAACUAUGGAAUGCCAUUCUCAAGGACACCUGAAGGCAGAAUCUACCAAAGAGCUUUUGGUGGACAAUCCCUUAAAUUUGGUAAGGGCGGACAAGCACAUAGAUGUUGCGCCGUAGCCGACAGAACUGGUCACUCUCUCCUGCACACGUUAUAUGGACAAUCCCUUCGAUAUGACUGCGAGUAUUUCAUUGAAUAUUUUGCAUUGGACCUGUUAAUGGAAGAUGGAGUCUGUAAAGGAUGCAUCGCUUUGAAUCUUGAGGAUGGAACAUUACACAGAUUCCAAGCAAAGAACACCAUCCUAGCUACAGGUGGUACUGGUCGGUCGUACUUCAGCUGCACUUCAGCCCACACAUGCACGGGCGAUGGAACAGCAAUGGCGGCGCGAGCUGGACUGCAGAAUGAGGAUAUGGAGUUUGUACAGUUCCAUCCCACAGGUAUUUACGGCGCUGGAUGCCUGAUGACGGAGGGUUGCCGUGGAGAAGGUGGUUUCCUGGUGAACGCAAAAGGCGAGCGGUUCAUGGAGCGUUAUGCCCCUGUUGCUAAGGACUUGGCAAGUCGCGAUGUUGUCUCCAGAGCUAUGACCGUUGAGAUUAUGGAAGGUCGCGGUUGUGGCCCGGAAAAGGACCACGUGCAUCUUCAGCUCCACCACUUGCCCCCGGAACAGCUAAAGCAGCGUCUGCCCGGUAUUUCGGAGACGGCCAUGAUCUUCGCUGGCGUUGACGUUACGAAGGAACCCAUACCUGUACUGCCGACUGUGCACUACAAUAUGGGCGGAACACCUACCAACUAUCGUGGAGAGGUGAUAACACAUUACAACGGUGAAGACAAAGUCGUCCCAGGUCUUCUGGCCGCUGGUGAGGCGUCUUGUGCCUCAGUGCACGGUGCCAACCGAUUGGGCGCUAACUCGCUCCUCGAUAUCGUGGUGUUUGGACGCGCAUGCGCCAUCACUGUCGCGGAAAACAGCCGCCCUGGAGACAAGCAGGCACCACUUAAAGACACAACCGGACAAGCAAGCAUUGGAAACUUAGAUAACAUCAGACACGCGAAUGGCUCGAUCCCCACAGCGGCUCUGCGCUUGCGCAUGCAAAAGAAUAUGCAGACGAACGCUGCUGUCUUUAGACAGAAAAGCACACUCGAAGAAGGUCAACGUCAAAUCCACGAGAUCUACAAGCAGAUAAGCGACGUCAAAGUGUUCGACCGUUCCCUCAUAUGGAAUAGCGACCUGGUGGAAACCCUAGAGCUACAGAACCUACUCAUCAACUCGGUGCAGAUCGUAGAAGGCGCUCUGGUCAGAGAGGAGUCUCGUGGUGCGCACGCGCGUGAGGACUUUAAAACGAGGCGAGAUGAAUACGAUUACUCAAAACCGCUAGAUGGACAGACGAAAUUGCCGUUCGAACAACAUUGGCGAAAGCACACGUUGGCCGACACGAACCCAGAAACUGAACUUACUAGAGUAAUUGGUAACGCAGUGCUGACUGAUCUUAACACACUUUGCGAUUUCAUGAAACUAUCUAGCGUUUCGGAUUUGGAUAUAUCCAUUUCUCUACCAGGCCCAAUUAUUUUCGGCCAUCCAUACGAAACUUCUGGUGCGUGGCCGUUACGGAAUUUGCUUUUUAAAGUGUGCAAAGCUUGUCAAGAAUUAAUGGCGUCAAUUCCUCCAUCAGCGUUUUCCGCGGCCCGAAUCAGGGAAACGCAACGCGAUAUGAAGAUAUCAAAUAUAAAGAAAGGCGGGGAAACAACAAAGUUUUACCAUACUAAACUUAUGGAGCUAACUCCGCUAAAGUACAACAGUAAACUGAUGAACAGCAUCUGGGGUUUCUACAACCGUUACUCGCCGCACAACGUUAAGAAGGUCAACGAUGCUUCAACUUUCAAUGCGGAAUUGCAGCAAACUGCUGGCAAUUCCACAAACAAGAACGAAGCAAUGAUUGCUUUGCCUUCUUCCAAGCUCGACAAUGUUUGGGCAACCAUCUCCCAGUCUCAUUAG